AAGAACCACUCAUAAAUUCAUAAAAAACGGAACUGCUUCUGAAUGAAUUUUCAGCCCUAUUUGUCAGUAAGCCAUACAAAAUGUAGGCUAAUAUGAACAACAGUAUAAUUUAAUUUGUAAAUUAGGCAUGCUUUCCUAAAGAGGGCUGAGAUGAAAAACAGGACGAAUUCCUUUUAAACAUUGUCUAGCAGCGCAUACAAACAAGUGUAUAGUUAAUGUUAAAAUAAAAAGUGUGUGGUAUGUGAAGAAGAAAGAGAAUCUAUGUGUGCAGAGCAUUUGUGCAUCUUUGGAGGGAGGGCUGCGCUGAAUAAUGAAUAAUGGCUGGGUUUGUGCUCACAGCUGACUGAAUUAAACAUGAAGCCAACACUAGCAAACUCACAGUUCCGCAGAUCGAGUUUCAAACAGGAUUCCCCAGGUAAGAUGCUUAAGGGGCGUUGAUGUCAUUGUACGGAAGUGAGUUGGACCACACUGCUGGGCACGGAUAGCAGUGCCACUGAAGACAAUAGGAGGACACUGUGGGAGUUUCAACAGGAAUUCGGACUGAGCUGGAGCAUCACCGGCACUUGGGAUGUCGCAUCAGACUGGUAUCCAUGCAACUCCAGACUUGAGAGAGUUCCUCGUGAAGGCGAGAAGAGGAGCUGUCAGAGCCAUGAAGAUUGUUAUAAGGAGCGAGCAGCUGGUGUUGGGAGCGUACAGAGAGGUUUCUCAGAGCUGGGAUCAGGACUAUGACGCAUGUGUCCUGCCCAUGCUGGACGGCCUAGAACCCUGUUAUAUCCUUUACCGCCUUGACUCACAGAACCAGCUGGGAUAUGAGUGGCUGUUUAUCUCCUGGUCACCAGACCAGUCACCAGUGAGGUUAAAGAUGGUGUAUGCUGCUACCCGAGCCACACUGAAGAAAGAGUUCGGAGGAAGUCACAUAACUGAUGAACUGUUUGGAACAGUCCAGGAAGACAUCUGUUUCCAAGGUUAUCUACGGCAUCUGUCCUCCUCCUCCAGCCCGGCCCCCCUCACCACUGCUGAGCAACAACUCCAUCAGAUUAAAAUAACAGAGGACAAAGUAGCACGGGACGAGCGAAGACGAGUUGCCACCGUGAGUGGACAAGCAAAGACAGAGAUCAGCGUGGAGAGUAAAAAUCCGACUUUACAGGGUUUGGCGUUCCCAUUGCAAGAGGAGGCUAAACAUGCUUUACAGCAACUUAAACACAAACGCAUCAAUUACAUUCAACUAAGGCUGGACACCGAACGAGAGACAAUUGAGCUGGUCCACAAGUCUACAGAGACCAAAGAGCUGCCAAGCAGAAUCCCCACUGAUGCCCCACGAUACCACUUCUUCCUGUACAAACACACCCAUCAAGGACAGCCACUGGAAGCUGUAGUUUUCAUCUACUCCAUGCCUGGGUACAGUUGUAGCAUCAAAGAAAGGAUGCUCUACUCCAGCUGUAAGAAUCGACUACUGGAUGAGGUAGAGAGAGACUAUCAUAUAGAGAUCGCCAAAAAGAUGGAGAUUGAUAGUGGAGAGGGGCUGACGGAGGAUUUCCUGUAUGAAGAGGUGUACCCGAAGCAGCACGCUUUGAAACAAGCCUUCACCAAGCCAAAGGGCCCUACAGGGAAACGAGGGAACAAGCGUCUAAUCAAAGGAGCAGGAGAGAAUGGAGAUGAGAGCUAGAAUCAUACUGUCAACAAAUGUAAAAUGACACCGGAUACACAUUUAAUUUCACCCUCGAUGGUCUGUAGCCUAUUUCUUGUCUGAGCUUUCCAUUUCAUUGUUAGUAUUAUUUUUUUAUGUUAGAUUUUAACUAAUCUUCUUUCACUCUGAAACACAUUCUCACACGGUUUUCAAGGCCACAUAAAUGUGUUGUUUAGGUGAUGAUUUUUAUGCUAUAAUUAAAAUAAAAUCUAUUAGUCUGUCUUAUUAAA